UGGCGGUUGCCGUACAGUUGCUGGGAGGAGGCGGGAGGUGGAGCCGCUAGGGCCAAGAUCAUGCCAGAUAGCCAGAGGUAUUCUGGGCAGCAGAGGCCGCUAGGCUUGGGAUGAAAGAAGCAGGGCAGAUGCAAAAUCUGGAGAGCGCGGGGGCCGGGCGGUCAGUCAGCACCCAGACUGGCAGCAUGACUGGUCAAAUACCAAGGCUUUCUAAAGUCAACCUUUUCACUCUGCUCAGUCUCUGGAUGGAGCUCUUCCCAGCAGUGAAAGCCCAAAGACAAAAAUCUCAGGAAAAGGAAGAGGGAAAGCAUGGACCCUUAGGAGAUAAUGAAGAGAUGGCCAGGAUAUCUACUGACAAAAAACAGGUGAAGAGAACUGGUCUUGUGGUGGUGAAAAACACGAAAAUUGUUGGUCUCCACUGUUCUAGUGAAGAUUUACAUGCUGGAAAAAUUGCUCUUAUAAAACAUGGGUCAAGGCUGAAAAACUGUGAUCUUUAUUUUUCCAGAAAACCCUGUUCUGCUUGUUUGAAAAUGAUUGUAAAUGCUGGAGUUAACCGAAUUUCAUACUGGCCUGCUGAUCCAGAAAUAAGUUUGCUUACUGAGGAUUCUAGUUCUGAAGAUGCCAAGUUAGAUGCCAAAGCGGUGGAAAGAUUGAAGUCCAACAGUCGGGCCCAUGUGUGUGUCUUACUUCAGCCUUUGGUGUGUUAUAUGGUGCAGUUUGUAGAGGAGACCUCUUACAAAUGUGACUUUAUUCAAAAAAUUGCAAAAACAUUGCCGGAUGCUAACGUUGACUUUUAUUCUGAAUGUAAACAAGAAAGAAUAAAAGAAUAUGAAAUGUUAUUUUUGGUUUCAAAUGAAGAAAUGCAUAAGCAAAUACUGAUGACUAUAGGCUUGGAGAACCUAUGUGAAAAUCCAUACUUUAGCAAUCUAAGACAAAAUAUGAAAGACCUUAUCCUACUCUUGGCCACAGUAGCUUCCAGUGUGCCCAACUUUAAGCACUACGGAUUUUAUUGUGGUAAUACCGAACAGAUUAAUGAAAUUCACAAUCAAAGUUUGCCACAAGAAAUUGCAAGGCACUGCAUGGUUCAGGCCAGGUUAUUGGCAUAUCGAACUGAGGAUCAUAAAACUGGAGUUGGAGCAGUCAUCUGGGCAGAAGGAAAAUCUAGGAGUUGUGAUGGAACAGGCGCGAUGUACUUCAUAGGAUGCGGUUAUAAUGCUUUUCCUGUUGGAUCCGAGUAUGCUGACUUCCCGCACAUGGAUGACAAACAGAAAGACAGAGAAAUAAGGAAAUUCAGAUACAUUGUACAUGCGGAGCAGAAUGCCUUGACAUUUAGGUGUCAAGAAAUAAAACCGGAAGAAAGAAGUAUGAUUUUUGUCACAAAGUGCCCAUGUGAUGAGUGUGUGCCUUUAAUUAAAGGAGCAGGCAUAAACCAGAUCUAUGCCGGAGAUGUAGAUGUUGGGAAAAAGAAGGCAGACAUCUCUUACAUGAGAUUUGGGGAACUUGAGGGUGUUAGCAAAUUUACAUGGCAGCUGAAUCCAUCAGGAACUUGUGUUGGUGAACAGAAUGAGCCUGAAAGCAAGGAGAAUGGUGUGUUGAGACCCUUACCUCUGGGUGAAGAACAGCACCAAAACAAAAAGCUGUGUCUUGGAAACCACUAAGAAAUCCUGUCUAAACUGGAGUGAGGCCUCAAGAAUUUGUAUUUGCACUUUUAAAAUUCAGCCUUGUUAACUCAGAAAAUAAGGGUGGAUUUUGUGAAUAACUGAGAAAAAUUGUAAGGAAGCUAAUUUAUUACUACCAUAUGGAUGGAUGAUGUUAAUGAGAAUAUUUUUAUUUUAGAUUGGUGUAUUUUCCAGAAUAUGGUGGUGUGUUCUUUUAUUACAUUAAAUGAGGUAGCGAUGAUUUAGUAAGACAAAUUUAAUCAGAUGUAGAGGUUACUUUCUCCUUGUCUUAGGUUUAUAUUAGCCAGUUUUUUGAAAGGGACUGGUUCACUGGAGGUCACAUCUCAGCAGAGAAUUAUACAUCUUUUAAAAAAUUUAAUUCCUUCAGAUUAUGAAGGUGAUAGUAAACUGCUUCAGGGCAAUAAAUGAUGACCUGGCCAUUUUUAAGUCAGUGUGUGGCUCACCAAAAUCUCACAUUUAUACCUAAAGCUUUUUAAUAUUCAGAAUUUAAUUAGGAUUAAAUCAUAAAAUAUGAUGGUGGCAUACCAGAACCCCAUUUAAAAGUAUAUUCCUAACAAUGUUAUUAAUUUUUUAAAAAAUCUUUUGAUAUGUAGAAAUAACAUUGAUUGUUGCACUACGGUGUUAGAUCACUGAUUUGGGGUAGCGGCAGAAAGAGACUAUAAUUCUGAAUCAGUAUUGCUAUUUGCUAACACAAACAACACCAGAUUUGUUUAUGAUGUUAACAGUGAAGAAAUAUUUUAGUCUAGAAUAUUGAAACAACUUUUUGUCAAAUUCCAUUCAUAAAUGCUGCCCAUUUUUCCCUUCAUGCAGUUAACAGAAUGUCUCAUGGCUUUCAAUGGGAGAUCUUUUAAAAAUAUUCGUAAACCUUAAGAAUACUGAAAAUCUCCAGUAAACACUAUGAUCAGUUCCUUUAUAUUCCAAAUUGCUAUUUGUGAGACCUCUCAUUUUUACUUCCUGAGAAACUUUCAAAAAAUUAGUCCAAAGCGGAAGAUACGUGUUUUGCACUUUCCUAGAGUUAGGGAGGGAAUGCAGAGCCCAUGGCCCACAGUCCUGUGGGGGGGACACCCCACGGAGCACCUGCCUUGGCUGUAUAGAGACCAUGAGAUUUGCCUCUGCUCUUGUCCCCAACCUUUCCACCGCACCACAUGGCCACACAAGACCUCCUUCCCAUUUCUCAGAACGGUACACAGGACAAUCCAAAUGCUGCCUGAUGUCCCUGUUUGUACAGCAGCCAGCUUAGGUCCACUGGGAGUUCAAAGUCCACAUACCAGGCAGUUGAGAACUGCCGUAAAUAUUGAGAGGGGAGGAAAAAUAUUCUUGGAGAUAACUAAGACUCAUUUGAAAAUGAGUAGUUAAGUAUUCUAGAAUAUUUGUCAAUAUGAAAAUACUGAGAUUUGUUCACAUCCUCCCAGUUGCUUCAAUAUAUAAUUUAUACAAGCUUAAAUUCACAUUAGGUUUAUUGUUUUUUAUUAAUAUGUCAUCCACAUCAAAUGUUUUAUAAACCAAUCAGCAAAUAUUUCUUAAGACCAAAAAGCCUGGAAUACUGUCAGGUUUAUGAUUUAUGUGUUGGACAUUGAAGGGAUAUCAGAAGGGGGAAACACAAAAUGGGAAAAUAUAAAAUGGGGAAAACUAGGAUUAGGAACUGGGAAAAUUGAUAUUUCCAUACACUAUGAAAAUUUACAUGAAAAUGCCAUAUUUCCUUCUUAACAGCUGGUCAGUUUUCAACAUUUAUUGAGAAAUUCCUGUGCAGUACCAGAGAAAAGCUUAAUGAGGGCAGGAAUGUACAUAUACACACACACACACACACACACACACACACACACACAUAUACAGGCACACAUUCAUAUUUAUAUACAUAUGUUUUAUAUAC